AUCCUGGAUCUGAAUUCGGUGCGAUAAAUGAUCCUGCAAUUAAGGCGCUUAAAUGGGGGGCUGAUAAACCAUCUGACUUUACUAUAAAGGGCAAUUCCAAACAUAUUACCAAUUCAUUGGGAUGGUAUACGGAUGUGCCAGUUAUCUUGAAGGAUAAAGAAAAUAAGAUUGUUACAGUUAUUGGAAAUUUUGUUCAUAUUGAUAAUGAAGAAUCUAAACCAAUGCUAUUUUUAGGCAUGUCAAAUAUUCGAAAAGUUUAA